CCAGAACUUUCAGCACGACACAUUCUCCAGUUUGAAGCUUCCCCUGUCUUUCUUAGAAGAGCUAAAACACUGCAGUCAUGGCUUUCUCCAGCAGUUUCCUGUCUGAAGAUCAGCUCCAGUGCUCUAUCUGUCUUGGUGUGUUCACUGACCCAGUCUCGACUCCAUGUGGACACAACUUCUGCAUGAUCUGUCUCAAAGAGUUCUGGGACAGCAGUCCACACUGCCAGUGUCCAGUUUGUAAGGAGGAGUUCUCCAAAAGGCCUGAACUACGUGUGAACACAUUCAUCUCUGGACUGGCUGCUCAGUUCAGGAAGUCAGAUCAGGUGAAGUCCAGCAGAGCUCCAGAAACACCUGGCACAUCUCUGGUGCUAUGUAACAUCUGCAGUGAAAGGAAAUGUGCAGCCCUGAAGUCCUGUGUGACCUGUAUGACCUCUUACUGCAAGGUUCAUCUGGAACCUCAUCACAGAGUUUCUUUAUUAAAGAAACACAAACUGAUGGACCCUGUGGAGAACCUGGAGGACUACAUCUGCCAGAAACACGAGAGACCCCUGGAGCUGUUUUGUAGAGAUGACCAGACGUGUGUGUGUCAGUUGUGCAGUGAGACAGACCACAAGACUCACAACACUGUUCCUGUAGAGGAGGAGAGUGGAGAGAAGAAGACACAGCUGGAGAAGAAACAGGCUGAAGUUCAGCAGAUGAUCGAGGACCGACUGAAGAAGAUUGAGGAAAUCAAACACUCUGUAGAGCUCAACAAAAGAAACACAGAGAAGGAGAAAGCAGACAGUGUGGAGGUCUUCAGAGCUCUGCUGCACUGCAUUGAGAGAAGCCAGGCGGAGCUGCUUGAGCUGAUGGAGGAGAAGCAGAAAGCAGCAGAGAGGCAGGCUGAAGAGUUCAUUAAAGAGCUGGAGCAGGAAAUCACUGAGCUAAAGAGGAGAGACACUGAGCUGGAGCAGCUCUCACGCACUGAGGACCACCUCCACCUCCUACAGGUUUACCCGUCCCUCUGCAGCCGUCCACUCACCAAGAACUGGACUGACGUCAGUAUUAAGACUCAUGUGAGUGUGGAGACUCUGAGGAGAGCUCUGUCUUAUCUUCAGCGGUUACUCAGUGAGGAGAUGGAGAAGCUUCCUGACAUCAAAAUGAAGAGAAUUCAACAAUAUGCAGUAAAUGUAACUCUGGAUCCUGAAACAGUUCAUCCUAAACUCAUCCUCUCUGAUGAUGGGAAACAAGUAACACAUGGAGACACUCAACAGAGUCUCCCUGAUAAUCCAGAGAGGUUUGAUGUAUGUCCCUGUGUUCUGGGAAAGGAGGGGUUCUCUUCGGGGAGAUUUUACUAUGAGGUGCAGGUCAGAGGGAAGACUGACUGGGAUUUAGGAGUGGCCAGAGAGUCCUUCAACAGGAAGGGGCUGAUUAAAGCCAGUCCUGAGAAAGGAUACUGGUCUGUGUGGCUGAGGAAUGAGACUGAAUAUAAAGCUCUGGACUCUCCCCGUGUUCCACUCUCCCUAAAACAGGCUCCCCAGAAGGUGGGGGUGUUUGUGAAUUAUGAGGAGGGUCUGGUCUCCUUCUACGAUGUUGAGGCCAGAUCUCAUAUCUACUCUUUCACUGGUCAGUUUUUGAAUGAGAAGAUCUAUCCAGUGUUUAGCCCCUGUUUCAAUGAAGGAGGUAAAAACUCAGCACCACUGAUCAUCACAUCUGUUCAACAUUAUAGAUGAGGUUCUUUUUCAACAACGAAC